AUGCAUCGUUUCACCGACACAAACAUACAAGCUACCGAAGAGCUUGCAAACUUUGGGCCCAAGAGCUGUAGUGCACGUGUGACGGCCAUGUGUUUCGUGCAUAACUACGUCGCUGAGGCUCAACAGGCAACCCUAGACAAGAUCCAACGGGGUACCGCAGCACCGAGUGCAUCCUAUGUCAUGGGCUCAACCGGUAUGCCGCCUCGACACGAGCCACUGGACGGUCGCGGAGGAUUGCCCAGCGAGAUCCGCGCUAGAGGGAAGAGGGAGGGUGGGCAUUAUCAUGCCUGUGAUGAUCGCAACGAACAACGUUGGCAAGUCGACACACGGGCCUCUGGGGGGUCGCAAUAUUACCACCGUCCCGGGCGGGUCUCGACGGUUAUACUAUGCAUUUUAUGA